UAUCUCAGUUUCAACCAUGGCUACCUCAUCUAGAAUGCCUGUUAUUCUCUUACUAGGACUAACCUUGAUUCUAGCCAUUUCAAGAACAACACAAGCUAAUGACCCUGAUAUCUUAACCGACUUCGUCACCCCAAAUACGAGCUCUGUUGAUGCCAGUUUCUUCACCUUCAGUGGACUCAGUGCGUAUUACAACCCAAACCCUAAAAAUUUCACAGUCCUUAAAGCUACCAUGAACGAAUUCCCGGCUCUAAACGGCCAAAGUGUAUCCUAUGCGGUGCUCCAGUUCCCAGCAGCUGCCGUGAACCCACCUCACACUCACCCUCGUUCAGCUGAACUGUUGUUGGUGAUGAUGGGUACCCUUGAAGUUGGAUUUGUUGACACCAAGAACGUUUUGUAUAAUCAAACUCUUCAAACAGGCGACAUGUUUGUGUUUCCAAAGGGGCUUGUUCAUUUUCAGUACAACAGGAACCACAACCAAUCGGCCAUAGCGAUUUCUGCAUUUGGAAGUGCGAACGGUGGCCUGCUUUCGGUGCCAAAGUCUGUUUUCACUACUGGUAUUGAUGAUAAUGUGCUUGCUAUGUCCUUCAAAACAGACGUUCCUACUGUUCAGAAAAUCGAGCUAGGACUUAAAAAGUAGAAGAUUGAUCAUCGUUUUCCGUAUGUGUUUGCUUGUUGAUGAUCAUGGUGUUUACUGUAAGACAUGAAGGAUGGGAUUUUCCUUAAUAAAAGAAUGGCGAUGUGUAUCAAGAAAGCUGCAUGAGUUAUAUAUGAGUAUCAUUGCACA